GUCAAUAAACUUUUCAUUGAAAUUUAGCAUUUUUCCAAACUAACAUGUGAAAACAAACAAUUUUAAAACAUAAGUUGUAUUUUAUUUCUACUGCUAUGCCGUGUACUUAACGCCUUUUAUAUAUUCCGUUUAGUUAUUUUAAUCAAAAUGGGCACGAAGUGUUUUCACGAUAACUUUAUGGCAAAAUACUCAGCGUUUAGUCCUUAUCGGCUAAUACAAAGAGAAUGUGGGUUCCAAAAACCAAUUGGUGCUGGGGAUGCCAUGGCCCGUAGUCUUUAUUGUGGUAUGAAACCCAUAGCGUCUUGGGACUGUGAUCAGUACAACGCUCUUCCCACGGGUGGUGUAUUCAACCUUGAAUUUUCCCCAGACGGGUCUCUCUUAGUAGCAGCGUGUGAAAGAAAGUCUAUUCAAAUAUUUGAUCCACUUACUCAUCAGAGAAUGCAUUCAGUAAAUGGAGCUCAUUCAGAUUGCGUUAAUUGUGUUAAAUUUUUAGAUGGAAGAAUGUUUGCAACAUGUUCAGAUGACACUACAAUAGCUUUGUGGGACGUCAGACAUUUGAAGAAAAAAAUUAGAUCACUCCUUGGCCAUUCCAAGUGGGUGAAAAAUAUAGAAUUUUCGGUAAAAGACAAAUUACUAGUCACAUCGGGGCUCGACGGCAGUAUUUUUACAUGGGACAUCAAUUCAUAUACGGAAUUUAAUCUGGUAUACCAAAGAGUAUUUCAUGCGCCAGGAUUGAUGAGAUGUCGCUUGUCACCAGAUGCAAGGCAAAUGGUCAUGUGUACCACGGGUGGACUACUGGUUAUUAUUCAUGACUUAAAUUUGUUAACAUUAGCACAAGACUUGCAUGGAUUUAAGCCAAACUUAUAUAGGUUGAUGCAAAUGAGCCAGCAAUUAAUUCCAAUAGCUGCAAUGUAUGACCACCUAUUUGAUCCAAAAAGAACUGAGAACAGGGUGGAGUUUGUGUCUGACUUUCCUGAAGGGAAUGAUGCUGAGGUGGUUAGUGCUCUACAGAUUCAUCCUCAAGGUUGGAGUGCACUUAGCAGAAACAUAAGCCACGAUGACAGGUCUGAGUGGUCAUGCAUCCACGACAUCCAGCCGUCGAGUGCGGGCGACAAGAGCGUGCGCGACAGCUCGCCCCCGCCGCCCGCGCCGCGCCGCCCCGCCCCGCGCCGCACGCCGCGCCGCCGCCCGCGCCCCUACCGCGCGCCCCGCCCGAUGGCCUCCGUGCCGCCCAUACCAACAGUGGAUCGGUCUCGCGAGCGGCAAGAGCGCGAGGAAACAGAGCCCGAGGCGGGGCCGAGCUCCAGCUCGUCCAGCGAGGCUUCGCCCCAGCCUGUCCCCGCGAGAUUCGCGCUGGGACUAUCGAGUAUACAAAAUGACGUGUGGGAGGCGUCCAUAACGAUCAAACAACAUAGAAUGCUUCAAGAAAUGUAUAGCAGAGGUCAAGUGGGGCGCAACUUCAACAUGCAGCGCAUCCUGGGCAUAAACACGGGCAUCACGCCGCCGUCGGCGCUGCGGCCGCGGCCCGCGCGCCCCCCGCCGCGCCUCGCGCCCGCGCCCCCGCCCCCGCCGCCGCUUGCGCCCGCGCACGCCGGCUAUAGUAUGAUGCCGUCCACGUCCGGUCACACGCCGAACACGGCGCGCGAGCGAGACAGCGCCGACUCUUGCGACGAGGAGAUCGAGGCGAGACACCACAUCCGGCAGAAUGCGGACCGCCUGCUCUAUUACAUUGAGGAGACGAAUGAGGGCAGGGGGUUUAUUAAGGAGUUAUGUUUUUCUGCGGAUGGGAGGCUGGUUUGCUCGCCGUUCGGUCGGGGCAUGCGAUUGCUGGCGCUCAACGACAAUUGCAGUGAACUCUCACACUGCGUGCAAGACCUGAAUGGACCAGCUCAGAUGAGGGACGUGGGCCAGAGCCUCGGCAUCCAUCAGGACCUGGUUGUCAGCUCCAAGUUCAGUCCAAGGCACCAUCUCCUCGUCACAGGCUGCCUCGAAGGCAAGAUCGUGUGGUACGAACCGUAUAGCGGCGAAGCGUUAUACUAAAUCAUAAACUCAUUACCGCCAUCCUAAGAGAUUUCUCAAGCCAAUCAAUGAACUAUUUUAUGUAUACACCGCGUCUGUACCCCUUUCGCAAGCGCCGCAGAUGAGCCGAAAUGUACUUAGGUUUUAAUUUUUUUUUAUAUAUUGUCCAUAGACCGUAUUGUUUUCACUAUUUUAAGCAGCAUUUUUAAGCAUGAGUUUAAAUUUGCCGAGCCGGACUCUCUUCGGCCGGGUUCCUAUUGGUUUUGUACUGCCGUUAAUUUUUAAUUUUAAGCAUAGUCUAGAUUUAAAACUGGACGUUAACGGGAGUUAGUGAAUUUAAAAUGUAACAUAAAUUUUAGUCCUUAAUGUAAUGUAAAAUUAAGUAUAAGAACUGCAUUUGGUAAGAAAUAAAACAUGUUUGUACAACAACAGGUUAUAUUAAAAUAUACAUCUACAUGAUUCUGUGGAAAUCUGAUAUAAGUUUGAGUUAAUAAAGCGGAUUAUGUAUGGU